ACGCAUGGGGCUCGCGCCGCGCUAGGCAGGGAAAAGGGACGUCUCGACGCAUGCGCCACAUUUAUGUUGUUGUUUGUGGCGGUAAGAUGGCGGCGCUCGGAGACACCUCAGCUCCGGGGGUGAACGGGUUAAUACAACAAUUCACAGCAAUAACAGGAGCCACAGAGAGUGUAGGCAAACACAUGUUGGAAGCAUGCAACAACAACCUGGAGAUGGCAGUAACCAUGUUUCUGGAUGGAGGUGGGAUUGCAGAGGAGCCCAGCACCAGCACCAGUUCAGCAGCUUCGAGCAGCAGAGCUCCCCCUUCAGAUGAGGUACGGGCACCCAUUCCACAGAAGCAGGACAUAUUGGUGGAACCUGAACCACUGUUUGGAGUACCAAAACGAAGAAGACCUGCUCGUUCAAUAUUUGAUGGUUUCCGGGAUUUCCAAACAGAAACAAUCCGUCAGGAGCAGGAGCUGCGUAACGGAGGAACAGUGGAUAAGAAACUGAGCACCUUGGCAGACCUUUUCCGUCCUCCCAUUGAGCUCAUGCACAAAGGCAGCUUUGAGACGGCAAAAGACUGUGGGCAGCUGGAGAACAAGUGGCUGAUGAUCAAUAUUCAAAAUGUGCAGGAUUUUGCCUGUCAGUGUCUGAACAGGGAUGUUUGGAGUAACGAUGCAGUAAAAACCAUCAUCAGAGAACAUUUUAUAUUCUGGCAGGUAUAUCAUGAUAGUGAAGAGGGACAACGAUACAUUCAGUUCUAUAAGCUGAACAAGUUUCCUUACAUUUCCAUUCUCGAUCCCCGUACAGGUCAAAAAAUGGUGGAGUGGAACCAGCUGGAUGUGACAUCGUUCCUGGAGCAGGCGACUGGCUUCCUGGCUGAGCACGGGCAGCUCGAUGGGCCAUCCUGCCACACACCCCCUGCCAAACGAGCUCGCUCUGAGAGUCUAAUUGAUGCCAGUGAAGACAGUCAGCUAGAAGCAGCGAUCCGUGCCUCCCUGCAGGAGACCCACUAUGAGUCCACAAACAUCCCUGAAGCUCCAGAUUCCCCCCGGUCUGAAGACGAAUCAGAUGCGGAGCCUUUCUCUGAUAGCGAGGGUCCCGUCUCGGUUGAUGGCUCAGACAGCGAAACGCCAGUAGCCCACGAAGAGAAAAGUUCUGUCAGCAAGCACAACCCAGUCCCUUCUGUCACUGCAGCCCAGCAGCGUCUACAUCCCGAUAGUUCAACAUCCUCCCACAGAAAGUCUCCAUACAAAGAAAACAACCACAGUCACAAGAAAGAGGAAAGCAAAAAGAACCACUUGGAACCAUUAGCUGCUGUCCCUCGUCAUCCUCAGCCUGAUGGUGAUACUGGAGGGAUCAGCUGCUCUUCAGCAAAUAAAAGUCAGUUGGUCAGUGCUGGUUCAUCACAGGCCAGCGCCACCACAGCCUCUGAUGUAGAGUGUCCUGACGACAACGGUCCCAAAGCUAGAUUGAUGCUUCGUUACCCAGAUGGACAGAGGGAGCAAAUUUCAUUGUCAUCAAAAGCAAAACUUAUGGCCCUGGUAAGACACGUCCAGUCCAAAGGUUACCCUAACGAACAGUUCGAACUUGUCACCAACUUUCCCAGAAGGAAGCUCACUCAUUUGGACUAUGACAUCACACUGCAGGAGGCGGGACUUUGUCCACAGGAGACUGUAUUUGUGCAGGAGAGGAACUAGCCUUUUUUUCAGACAUACUCAACCUUUUGCUUGUCUGUAUCUCUGGUAGACCUCACACUUUCACCAAUUAUCUGGGAUGAUGUUGCUGGCUCUCAUCCCAUAACCUUCUGUUCUCUUGAAAUUAGGUUUUUUUUUUGUGUGCAGUCAGUUAUUAGUGGAUGGACUACUAUCGCUGCCACUCAAUUAGUCAGUGAACACUGAUGUCUCUGCUGACAGCCUAAUCAAUUUGCAAUUGGCCAGUAAGGUGUUACAGGUUCCAGCAGUCUUUUAAUAUUUUAAUGUGAUAUAUUCUGUUCUGAUGCAGUCUCUGGUUUGUUACUGAGACACAUUAGUUUAGAAUAUAAAGGAUUUAUCCCAUACAAAAAAAACAAAACAAAUUAUGAAUUACUAAAUUGUGCUUAUGUACUUGGGACUUGUACAAACAGACAUGAUAAAUGUCAGAGUUUAUUUUCUAGUAUUUUUAUUUUCUGUACCUGGGGACAGGUAAAGGGAGGCUCACUUACGUUUAUUUUGACCCAGAUUUGGUCUCUCACCCUGUCAUUUUUUUUUGAACAUUUGUAAUUAUUUAAAGUAGAGGCUGUUAAAGAAAAGUUCUACAAAUUGCAAGUCAAGAAAAUGUCAGCUGUCUGUGACACUCGUGUGUAGAUCUGUAAAGAUUCGGGUUGAUCUGCACAUUUUUACUCCAGUUUGUAUUAGAGACUAGAAGAUUGUUUUUGGAUUUCAACUUUUGAUACAGAAGGGAAUGAAUGAAGCGUGGUACAUCUCAUCAGUCGGACCUACACUGUACAGAAAUGGCUUAGAGAGACUGAUAUUUAGCUGUAGGAACUGUUUCUUUCUUUUUUUUAUAUGCUGCCAAGAAAAUAUGCUGAUGUUGAAAUAUAUCCACCAAAUCCAAGAGGGGUUCUGAUUGGUCUUUUGUUAAGCUUAUUUUAUAAAGACACUUAGCAGCCAGUAAUAAAUAACAUGGAAGCAUUGUACCAUAAUGCUGCAACCAGUUUUAUUGCAAAACUGGAUGUACACUAAAUACACGUGGAGAUAAUAAUUCUA